AUGAGCUCUCAAGUUUCACCGUUCGGAGACGAAUUCGGCCUUGUCGAACAUCAUCUUCGUAUACAAACUCAAGCACCACAAUUAAAGAUUACUGAAAUGUUAGAUAUUACGCAAAAAGCAGGCACAUUUCAAUUCCAAACUUUCGUUAAGUCAAUGGAAAAUCCAAAUAUCGUUCAUGUCUUCUUAGAUGCAAGCACUCUUCAACAAGGAGUAGCUGACAUUACAUCAAAAGGCGUCAGACUUCCAACUAAAAACGGAUUGCAAUUCAAUGCUUCAAAAGUAACACUUCCUCCAGGAAAGGAAGAGUAUACUCUUGUUCACCUUAUCGUUGCUCUUGGUAAAGUGUCCAAUUAUCUCAAUCCUGUUGCUGCAAUUUCAGGAGAUAACUUCCUUCCUUUAGAAAAUGUUACAUCUGCUAACAUUCCACAAGGAUACGACAGCUUGAGAACAUCUGCUAAGGGUGAUUUUGUAAUUUUCAAACCACAACAAUACAAUACACUUCAUAUCAUCAAAAUCAAAGGUGGUGACAACGUUGCUGCUAAGCCACUUGAUUGCAUGAAAUGCGACAACUGCCAUAAACAGUACGCUGUCUUCUAUUGCACUAAUGAUAACAUGAAAUUAUGCAUUAACUGCGACCAGAAGAUCCACAGCUCUGGCGUUGCGAAGAACCAUGUCAGAAAACCACUCGGCGAGGUCUUACCAACAUUCCAGCCAUGCCCAGAGCAUCCAGAUCACAUGGUUCAGUAUUAUUGCGAACAGUGUGCACUUCCUGUCUGCAUUGAGUGCAAAGUUCACGGUAACCACUCCCAUAGAGAUACUCUCAAGCAUAAAUUAACAGGAAUUACACAGGCAUACGAACAAAUCGGCGCAAAGAUGAAUAUUCCUAACCCAGUUCGUGUCAACCGCGAGAAAGUCCUCAAGGCUUCAAUCGCGGAAGCAGAAGAUACCGUCCAAAACCUUCAAACAAAUCUUACUAACGUUUUAGCCGAAAUCAAGAGGAUUGCAGACGCAGCUUCCAACGAAGCCAAGCAGUUAAUUGGCCGCCGCAUCGUUGAAGCUAAGUCCAGCCUCGCAGAACUUCAGCGUAAAUACGAUCAACUCAAAUCUACGAAUACAAUGCUCGAAAACUACUAUACAGAUGGAGAUCCAGUACCAUUCCUUCAAGAAUUCCAUCGUACAGAAGUUCUCGACAAAGAUAUCGAAACAACUCUCGAUUUACAACGCGUUAAUGGCAUCAAAGCCGAUGUUGCCGUUUUCGGAAGCCUUUCUAUCCAGUCUCCGAAGCCCGUCGACAUUCCAAAGGCCAUCGAACGCUCACUUCCAAGAGGAACAACUACAUCUCACAACCAAUCAUCAUGGCCGACCUCCACAACGCAUAGAGAUGCAGACGAGGAGUCAGAGAAGGGCGCCAAGAUCACAACUCUCGAUAAAAUGGCCGAGAGGAAGCGCAGGAAGUACGGAAAGCAAUUUGACGAAAUUGACUUUGUUCCUUUCGAAGGAUCCGAAAUCAUUGAAGAUGAAGAGACAGCCAGGAAGCUCUACCUCUGCUUCCCAUUCAAAGGAAUGCCUGAAACACAUCUCAUGUUCUCUACAUCGUCAGAUGGCAGAGAUAUCCAGGAGAUGCACAGGCAGAUCGAUGGAAAGGGAAUCACGGUCAUUCUGAUCAAGGCUGGAGGACACGUUUUCGGCGGUUUCGCAGCUUCUAAAUGGAACAGCGAAAUGAGACCUUUCGGAGAGAAUUCUUCAUCGUUCCUCUUCUCUAUUGAUAGAAAUGCUUUCAUCCCUGCACACCCACAGUCCGAGGAUCCUGUUUUCUUAUGCGGAACUCCGGAUUCUUUCGCUUUCGGAAGAGAUGAUUUGGUUCUUGCUGGAAACUUCGACCGCUGCGCUUCAACCAUCGAAAAUACAUUCGGUAUUGGUUUAGAAUACGGAAGUGAAGCUGCUCAGAAGUUCCUCGCUGGCCAGCCAAGAUUCAAAGCUGAUAAUGUAGAAGUUUGGGGAUUCUUCUCUCCGGCUAACUAA